UGGGAAGGUGUGGUUGCAGAAGGAGCUAAAACCUUCCCAGCUCCUGUGGUUCCAGCUUCUUGGAAGGGAGAAUUCAGCACUCUUUUGCUACCUGUUAGUGAACAAGGGCAGUUGGGCUUUGAUGCUGAGCCAGAGACCCUCCAACAAUGAGUUCCUGGAACUUGGGGAGCAAGAACCUUGUGCAGUACCGCAGGCACUUCCUGGUGGACAACAGUGUGUUCCAUGUUGAAAGAUGCAUGAGUGUAAUGCAGUCCGGGACACAGAUGAUCAAACUGAAGCGUGGGACCAAAGGACUCGUUCGGCUCUUUUACCUGGAUGAGCACCGCACCCGUCUCCGGUGGCGACCCUCUAGGAAGAAUGAGAAAGCAAAAAUAAUUAUCGACUCCAUUUACAAAGUCACCGAGGGCCGGCAGUCUGAAAUAUUCCACAGACAAGCUGAGGGAAACUUUGACCCCAGCUGCUGCUUCACCAUCUACCAUGGCAACCACAUGGAGUCCCUGGACCUCAUCACCUCCAACCCCGAGGAGGCCCGCACCUGGAUCACAGGCCUCAAGUACCUCAUGGCCGGCAUCAGUGACGAAGACUCUCUUGCCAAACGGCAGAGAACCCAUGACCAAUGGGUGAAGCAAACCUUUGAGGAAGCUGAUAAGAAUGGGGACGGCUUAUUGAAUAUUGAAGAGAUACACCAAUUGAUGCAUAAACUAAACGUCAACCUGCCCCGAAGAAAAGUCAGACAGAUGUUUCAGGAAGCUGAUACGGAUGAGAAUCAAGGAACUCUGACAUUUGAAGAGUUUUGUGUUUUUUACAAAAUGAUGUCAUUGAGACGGGAUCUUUAUUUGUUGCUCUUGAGCUACAGUGACAAGAAAGAUCACCUAACUGUGGAAGAACUGGCUCAGUUUUUGAAGGUGGAGCAAAAGAUGAAUAAUGUGACUGCAGACCACUGUCUUGACAUCAUAAAGAAGUUUGAAGUUUCAGAAGAAAAUAAGGCAAAAAAUGUUCUUGGCAUAGAAGGCUUCACGAACUUCAUGCGAAGUCCAGCUUGUGACAUAUUUAACCCAGCUCACCAUGAAGUGUAUCAGGACAUGGAUCAGCCCCUCUGUAACUACUACAUUGCUUCCUCCCACAAUACAUACCUGACUGGGGACCAGCUCCUCUCUCAGUCCAAAGUGGAUAUGUAUGCCCGGGUGCUACAGGAGGGCUGCCGCUGUGUGGAAGUUGACUGUUGGGAUGGCCCAGAUGGAGAGCCAGUGGUACACCACGGUUAUACCCUCACUUCAAAAAUUCUCUUCAGAGAUGUGGUGGAGACCAUCAACAGGCAUGCCUUUGUGAAGAAUGAGUUUCCAGUUAUUUUGUCCAUCGAGAAUCAUUGCAGUGUCCAGCAGCAACGGAAGAUCGCUCAGUACCUGAAGGGAAUAUUCCGAGACAAACUGGACCUGUCCUCUGUAGACCCAGGAGACUGCAAGCAACUUCCGAGCCCUCAAAGUCUGAAAGGCAAAAUCCUAGUGAAGGGCAAGAAGUUGCCUUAUCACCUUGGGGAUGAUGCGGAGGAAGGGGAAGUCUCUGAUGAGGACAGUGCAGAUGAAAUUGAAGACGAGUGCAAGUUCAAGCUCCAUUACAAUAACGGGACCACUGAACAUCAGGUAGAAUCUUUCAUAAGGAAAAAACUGGAGUCGCUGUUAAGAGAAUCUCAAAUUCGAGACAAAGAAGAUCCUGAUAGUUUCACGGUGAGGGCACUAUUGAAGGCCACUCAUGAAGGCUUAAAUGUCCAUCUGAAGCAGAAUCCAGAUGUAAAGGAAAGUGGAAAGAAAUCACAUGGACGAUCCCUCAUGACAAACUUUGGAAAACAUAAGAAAGCCACAAAAUCGCGGUCUAAAUCCUACAGUACGGACGAUGAGGAAGACACACAGCAGAAUCCUGGCAAGGAGUGUGGCCAGCUGUACAGGUUGGGCCGGCGAAGGAAAACUAUGAAGCUCUGCCGAGAACUCUCCGAUUUGGUGGUGUACACAAACUCGGUGGCAGCCCAGGACAUUGUGGAGGAUGGAACCACAGGAAAUGUAUUAUCCUUCAGCGAGACAAGAGCGCAUCAGGUGGUUCAGCAGAAAUCCGAACAGUUCAUGGUUUAUAACCAAAAGCAGCUCACAAGGAUUUACCCCUCUGCCUACCGGAUUGACUCCAGCAACUUCAACCCCCUGCCCUACUGGAACGCAGGUUGUCAGCUAGUGGCACUGAACUACCAGUCCGAAGGGCGAAUGAUGCAGUUAAAUCGAGCCAAAUUCAAGGCAAACGGCAAUUGUGGCUACGUCCUCAAACCUCAACAAAUGUGCAAAGGUACUUUCAACCCUUUCUCUGGUGACCCACUUCCUGCCAACCCCAAAAAACAACUCAUCCUGAAAGUAAUCAGUGGCCAGCAGCUCCCCAAACCUCCAGAUUCCAUGUUUGGAGACCGAGGCGAGAUCAUUGACCCCUUUGUUGAAGUUGAAAUUAUUGGAUUGCCUGUAGAUUGUUGUAAAGAUCAAACUCGUGUGGUGGAUGACAAUGGAUUUAACCCUGUGUGGGAGGAAACGCUGACAUUUACAGUACACAUGCCCGAAAUAGCUUUGGUUCGCUUCCUUGUGUGGGAUCAUGAUCCCAUUGGCCGAGACUUCGUUGGACAAAGAACUGUGACCUUCAGCAGCUUAGUACCUGGCUACCGACAUGUCUAUUUGGAAGGACUGACAGAAGCAUCUAUAUUUGUCCACAUAACAAUCAAUGAAAUCCUUGGAAAGAACAGACAGCUCCAAGGGCUGAAGGGACUGUUCAAUAAGAAUCCCAGGCACACUUCAGAGAACAAUUCCCAUUAUGUCCGCAAGCGGUCAAUCGGAGACAGAAUUCUGCGACGCACAGCCAGUGCCCCAACCAAAGGCAGGAAAAAGAGCAAAAUGGGCUCCCAAGAAAUGGUAGAGAUAAAGGAUUCUGUGUCUGAGGCCACGAGAGAUCAAGACGGCGUCCUGAGGAGGACCACACGAAGUCUGCAAGUUCGCCCUGUCUCUAUGCCGGUUGACAAAAGUCUUCUAGGAGCGCUGUCGCUGCCUGUAUCUGAGACAGCAAAAGACUGUGAAGGCAAAGAAAACUCUCUGGCAGAAGACAAGGAUAGCCAAAGGAAAGGGAAGGCAAGUCUAAAAGACCAACACUUUCACGUUUUCAACAAAAAGUUAUCUUCUUCCUCCAGCACUCUCCGCCACAAAGACACCAUCCAAGGGAGCUCCAGGGUUUCUACUGCCAAUGAGUCAACUACAGGAGAACUGUUGGGAGUGCCAGACCCUAAGGGUGGGAGAACCAAAUCAAAUGUGGCGAAUGAUUGCCAGGAAAACCACUGUCCCAGCAAGUCCCUCACCCCAAAGAUGCACUUGGGUCCUGAUCCUGCAGUCGGCCUCACACAAGAUCUGUGUGGUGUGAAAACCAAGGAAAACAGGAACGCCGCAGGCUUUGUGGAAGGGAAAAGCCCGUUGUCAGGAAGGGUCCUUUCUCAAAGCAACCUGGAGAUUAAGAAUCUGGAAGGUACUAGGCAUCAGGGCAGAGCUGCAACAUCUUUUUCUCUGUCAGAUGUCUCCGUGCUCUGUGCCGGUGUACCUGACUUACAUUCAACUGCAGUUAUGCGGGAGAGUGGGAUUUCCCAACUUAUUGAUGAUGUCACAUUAACAAACGAGAACAAGCAGGGCAGUUCCAUCUCGGCAUUGAUUGGCCAGUUUGAUGAGACCAGUGAUCAGGCUAACCUCACAGUUGCUUCUCAUCUUCAUAAUACCAGUGUGAUGUCAGGUCAUCCUCCCUUACCCACCAUGGGCCUAAAAAUGCCCUUCAAGCAUGGCUUUUCCAAAGGAAAGCCCAAGUCAUCCUUCCCAUGCUCACCUCCUGAGCCUAUUGCAUUCUCCAGCCCCGAGACCACAGAACAUGUGACAUACACAGCCAUUCACAAAACCACCUGCACCCCUGUCUCUAAAACCAAACUAGAUGAUGAGCUUUCUGGGAAGGCCAAGGCAGGGACUAUGGAUGGCCAUCUGCCUGGGUCCCCUCAUCCUUCUCAUUGCUGGUUGCCAACAAGUCCCAGCAAGGGAAAAGACUGGAACAUCCUGAACAGCUGCAGCUCCACCACAUCCACUGAUUUCACACUGAAAGACAUGGGUGUUGAUCCCGCUGUCUGUUUAAACUCUGCAGAGAGCAGUCUUGUGGAAAUCGAUGGAGAGUCAGGCAAUCUCUCGCUAAUGACCUGUGACUAUAGGCGAGGGGCCACAAGCCCACUUGCUUCUCCUUUAAAGCCGAAUCAUAGCCAGGAGGUGGUGGAACACUUUCCAAGGAGUUUGAGGAAUGGCUACUGUAAAGGGUCUCUCCCCACUCCUGUUCCUGAAAUAGUCAACAAUAUCCGAGAUGUUGACUAUCAAAAGACUUCUUGUCUAGCCUGUCAGGGUGCUGGCUUUGUGCAUAACCAUUUCUCAAAUCCAGACGCAAAAGUGAACCUGACCUGUGUGCCCCUGCAGUCUAGCGUUCAAGACGUGCAUGCUCCUGUCCCCAGGUCCUCGGCCCAUCUCCCUCUGCCUCCUCUGAGACUGCCCAGCCCUUGCAAAUCCAAAAGUCUGGGGGACUUGACGUCAGAGGACAUUGCCUGCAAUUUUGAAAGCAAGUACCAGUGUAUUAGUAAGAGUUUUGUCCCAACCGGCACAAGAGACAAGAAGGGAGUGCCCGUGAAGAUGAAGCCGUUGGUGCCUGCAGAUGCCCUGACGGAGCAGCUGAGGAGGCUCGUGUCCUUUGACCAGGAAGACAGCUGCCAAGUGCUGUAUCCAAAGCAAGAGGCGAAUCAGCUCCCCAGGGCACUGGUCAGAAAGUUGUCAUCUAGAAGUCAGAGCAGAGUACGCAACAUUGCCAGUCGUGCCAAGGAAAAACAGGAAGCCAACAAGCAAAAAGUUGUGAACCCCAGCCACGUGGGGGGAGUGGUGCUUAGAAACAAGGCCUUGGCGCCCCCGUCUGCUGUGAACCGACACUCCACGGGCUCCUACAUCGCGGGCUACCUGAGUAAUCGCAAAGGCAGUGGCCUUGAAGGCCGAGGCAUCCCAGAGGGGGCAUGUAUGGCCCUGAGCUAUGGCUACGUCGACCAGUUUUGUUCAGAUAAUUCUGUUUUGCAGACUGAGCCAAGCGGUGACGACAAACCAGAAAUCUAUUUUCUCUUGAGACUGUGAACGACCUAAAGUUGCAUCUUCAAUGUUUACAAAGUAGUCUGUAGGGUGUCAAAGCUUUCCCCUUCUCAGUCAGUGUGGUUCUUGGCUUGGAGAUGAUUUAAAAAUGUAUUUUUAAACUUGUAUUUUAAUCUCUCUUUGACUUGAUGUAUUCUUCCUUCCCGGCUACGCGUUUGUACAUAGACCUGGUGCCAUUUUGCUCGCGUGUGUGAUCUUUCUCCCUGAGUUGUUGUAAGCUGUGUUGGUAUGAAACACCUGCAUGCUGUGCUGUAGCUGUGAAACUCCUCAGCAGCUUGAGUUAUAAUGUACCUAUGUUUUGCCUAGAUGUCAUUUCUUGUCCAUCCUCCAGUCAUAGUCACAAACGUAGUCAUUUUUAACUCUCUGUUGAGUUAAGAAACUUUGCAGAGGACAGAGGGAUGGGUUCUUUAUUUUAAAGCCAUUACCGUUUUCUCCUUCUUUGUUCCAAAGCCCACAUGCAUUUUUAUAACUCAGUUAAAAGGUGUUUAAAAUAGUUACCUUGCCUCUUAAGAUUUCUUUACCCUUCCCAGGACUUGAGAGUUCCCGGAGGUUGGUAGCUGCUUCGUUCCCUUCCAUUUUAGAGUAGGGUCUGAGGGCCUGAAGAAGAAAGCAAACUUCUGUAUAUAAGGACAAAAUUAUUUGUUUUACAGAAAUUUUGUUACAUAUUUUUGCUAAUGGCUUUGUAUGUAACAAGAACACAGUUGCCAAGGUAUUUGUUGUACUUUUGAAUUUUCUGAUUAAAUUAUAGACCGCAAAUCAUAGCUUGACGGAACGAGAGACUAUGUCAGAUCCUGACAGUAAUAGUAGCACAAAUUAGACGCUUCCCCAAAGCUUUCAGGAAAAUAUUUUCUCCUAAUAAAAUCCCUUCCCUUCAGGGAGCCAAGCCAAGUAUAUUUUAGUACCAACAUGCAUUAUUUUCACUGUGAAUCCAUUUUUUACUACAUGUUCAGAUGUCCCUCCUGGCUUUUUUGUAACAUUAACUGCAAUGAUGUUCUUCUUGGAAUUCCUGAAAAUAUAA